AAUGAUUUAUACAAAAAAAAUCAUUAAAAAUAAUAACUUUUGGGUCAAAAAUUAAAAAAACCUUUAAACACGAUUUCUCAAUAUUUCACUUUUUGGAGUUACUGCAAUUCUUGGUAGCAGGGCAGAAUAUGUAUCAAGCAAUAUUUGAUUUUUGAAUUAAGUUAUUUUUUUUUAGUUCAUCAAGUGUAUAUUUUCUUUUCAGUAUCAUGCAAUUUUUUUAUAAAUUCAUAAUUAUCUAUUUCAUUAUCAUAAAAUUGUUCAACUUUUUAAUUUUAAUUUUAGUUAGAGCUGAUUUUUACAAUGCAACCGGAAAUUGCUAUGCUCCUAAAUUCACAAAAUUCAGUAGUAUGCACAGAGAGGUCUUGUUGUCCACUGAAAAUAUAAUGAAAUUGGAAUGUGCAGAAGUUAAAGGCAUUCCUUCACCGAUCAUAACGUGGUACAAAGACGGAAUCAUGCCACUCCAACGCCAACAGAGUACAGUUAGGUACACGCAAUUUACCAUUAUACUGAAAGAUUUAGUAACGAUGGAUUUCGGUAAUUACACGUGCAAAGCGAGCAACGAGAACGGAUUUAUAGAUUUCACGUAUGAAGUCAAAAUAAAUAGCAAAUAAAUGGUUAAAUCUAAAUUGUAUAGAAUAUCUACCUAUUUAACAAGAAAAACUAUUUAUUAUUA